CCUCCAACAUACCGUUAAACAAGGGCAUAUGUCCAGCAUACAAUGUCGACUCGGAGGCCAAGUUAUUCUCGUAUCGCAAGUGUUAACGCCAGUCCCAUUUUCCGCAAGCAGUCCAGUGUAUCUUCGGCCGAUUUCUUUGGGGAGCACCCGCCCGAUAAUACAGAUGACGGAUCAUCCGAUGGAACACAAAAUGGCAUCUGGAAUACGACGAGGAGUAAACUCACACUGGUGUCUCUGUGUCUUGUUUACUUCGCGGCGACAGCCUCUUUCGCGAUUCUCUCUCCCUUUUUUCCCGGAGAGGUAUGAUAAAUUUAUUAUGGGAAGGGAACUGAAAUAACGAGGGUACAUUGUGCUACUUUCCACUCAAAGGGAGCCUGAAAAAAAAUAUACCGGUUCACUGCUUCACGAUGCAGCUCAAAUCCGACAACAAAUUGCGUAAGGUUGUGCAUGCAGGGAAUAAUACUAUGCAAACUUCCACUGGAAAAUCGUUCUCAUUCAAAUUGGUUAAAAAUUUUGGUGAAAAGCAACAUUAUUUAUCGUCAUUUUCCCCUCAUCUUCGACUGACUCUCCUUGAUGUGUUAAUUAACUUCUCAUAAUCUCUCUAAAUACUUUUUGUGAAGCGGCGAGAUCGCAUGAGGUGGGCUCGUUUGGUAAGUCGAGCUCUUGAUAGUUGUUGUGAUUACAUGGAAACUUCUCAGCUGAGUCAGCAAGUGAAGAUUGUUUCCAGGUAUUAGUGCCCAAAUCUCAACAAUCCACACAAGCUCAGUUUUGUUAUAUGCACCUGCGAGCAAGUGUGACAAAGGCGGCAGCAAGGAAACGACUCCCAUUCCACACCCCUGCACCCCAUUGGAUGCAUAUCCAGUUUUCAGUUCAUACUGCCUUCCUGAAGAGAGGUAGAAAUUCUGGAUAACUGAUUUUUAAAUCAAUCAAGGAUGACUUGCAUGAGAGGGGAGGUGAAAGUCACAGGAAGUUUAGAGGGUGUAUUGAAAAUAAUCACUAAGCCUGAGUAGAAGAAAAUGAUCACUGGUUAAGUGUUAGUACUCACGAUAAGAAGUUUUCGGAACAAUCAUGUAUUUUUUAAAUGUUUUUAAUUGCUCUCUAGAAACAGAAAUAAUUUUUCAAGACCUUGGAAUUAAAUACCCAGUUGUCAUACCCAAAUGUCAUAAUAAUCCAUAACAGGUCUGGCAGCAUACAUCUCAGUGUAUAACAACUGCAUAAUAAAUGCCAUGUAGUUGAAAUGUAUACUUUAAGUUUCUUUUCUUUCCAUGUAAUGUUUUUUUUAGCUUUUGUACUGAGCAACAAUAAUUACUUUACUGUAAUCAUGUUUUUUAUCAGCAAUGGUCAAUUCAAAUGUCUGUACAUACAAUGUAACUGUAAUUGUAAAAUCUGUAGUUCAGUAAUAAGUUUUGUAAGUAAUGUUAGUAGUAAGUGGCUGUAGUACUAUAGGUAUUGUUUACAUUGUAUUACAUGUAGCUGUAGCUUUUAAGUAAUGUCUGUAUUGUAUUGCAAGUAAUUAAGUGUAUUGCAAAAUGAAAUUUAAAAAAAGCAACCAAAAAAAGGAACAAAUACAUAAUUGAAUUAUACUGAUUGUUUUUUAAUAUUGACCCUUGACGUUUCAUCUUUUUUUUAGGCACAAGAAAUGAAUGCCUCAGGUACUGAGAUUGGUCUCAUCUUUGGAAUAUAUCCCCUGGUGGUGUUUGUUGUGGCACCACUAAUAGGAGUCUUGGUAAGUUUAAUGUCUACAGCAACUUGUGUGUGAUUUUUUAAAGGAGAAAUGACCUCAUACUUUAAUCACUUUGCAUCCGUUUUUUAAGGUGAUGAUUUCUUUCUUUGCAUUGUUGUUUAGCUCCCAACAAUUGGUCCAAGAUUCACAUUGACAGCAGGACUGUUCCUUUGUGCUGGAUCACAGAUAUUAUUUGGGUAUUUCAGUUAUACCAUUGUAGUUAUACCAUUGUAGUUUAUCCUAUGACUAAACUUGCAAUUUAUUUGCAAAAGCUCUGUUUUAUCUUUACCUCAAUAAAUUGACAAGUUUUCAAUGUAAAAAAUUUACACUUAUUAAUCAAUUUUGGGAGAAGAAAUUGUAAAUAACUUAUGGCCUUCAUCUCUUCUUCUUGACAGAUUUGUAUCAAUGUUACCCAAGGGUGUAGUUUUUGUGGUUUUCUGUUUCCUCCUUCGAGUUGUGAUGGCAAUGGGUGGAGCUGCAGCAGAUACUGCAUCAUUUGCUAUCGUAGCAGGAGAAUUUGGCUCCAAUAUAGGCACAGUGACGGUAAGGGUUGACGAGAUAUCAACUGUCUUGUGGCUCUUAUGUUUGAGUGUGUCUAACAUUACUUGACCACAAAAAUAGUUAACAGCAGUGCAAUGUAUAGAAGAUAGUCUCUUCAUGUAACUGCAAUAACAGACCACAAACUCAAUUAAGAAUGAGUCUUGUGUGGGCUCAACUUUUGAGGUAGCUUUGUACAUCAUCUCUCCUUUGGUCCUCAGAGAUGAAGAAUUUAUAAAAUGAUCCAAGCUUUGACAGCGUAUUCGGUACAGUCCAACUUUUUCCCAGCUGAUUUAAAAUUUUCAAACCAGUUUUUUCUGAGACAGUAGAACACAAAACAUAAAUUUCUUUGAAAAUUUUAAAACCUAGAAAAAUUUUAACCACAACAUAUACAGUUGAGGUGUUUAGGACCUGCAAUCUCAGUCAUCACAAGAUUAAUUUUGAAAAUGCUUGCUAGUUGCAAAGUUUACAAGUAUGUUGUUAUCAGUUUCAAACUGAGUUAUUAAUUAAAGAUUGUACUGACAGUGUUCUCUAAGCUCUUCAGCUUGUACAAUCCUUUAAUCCUCAUACUAAUUAGCAUGCCAUUUGUGGAUGUUGUAGGGAGCCAUGGAGACAUUUACUGGUCUGGGCUUUAUGCUAGGUCCACCUCUGGGUGGAGUUUUAUAUUCUGUGAGUAAUAAAAUGACUGAUUGGUUUCAACUUGUUUUAGGGUUCAUGAUGGCAUACUAAAAUUUUCCUUUUUUCUAUCUAAGAAUCUAUGCUUGUUUCCAUACUCUUUUAAAACAUAAUCCUGCAAAGUGCAAGUUAUAUUUUUCAUCAAUUAUUUUGCUCUGUACUGCUAUGUGAUUUUGAUAAACUUUUACUCUGCAUUGCAAAAAUUCAUGUUUCUGAGAUUCUUAAUCAGUGAAAUGCUGUUAACAAUAUUUGAUAAAAACAUGAUAAGUGACAAAAAUAAAACUGCUUCAAUACUAACUCCUGCUCAAAAUACUGUGAGCCUUUUUGAAGCUGUCUUCAAUUUUUCAGUUUUUUCCGUCUUUGAAAAAGCCUCAAUUUUUCUUUUAUUUAAUGUUUUAGGCUGGCGGAUUUAAACUUCCGUUUAUUGUGCUUGGUGGCCUUCUUUUGUCAAUACUUCCUGUGGUUAUGCUUAUUUUACCAAAAGACCAAGGUGCAAAUUAUGUUUGUCUGCUCUUUCUCGCUGUUCACUCUCUUUAUUAACUUUCUGUCCUCUUGUCAUCAUGUCUUUUCCUCCCAGAGCACCUGCUGUUGUCUCAAUGUCUUGGCCCACUGGCUCUUCAAUUCUCUAACCUUCUUCCUUGUUUUGAUCCUUUGUGAUCAUUUUCAUUCUUCUCUUACUUCGUCCUCAUUCUUUUCCUUUUCCAAAUUUAAUUGACAAAGUGUCAAACUUUGGUUACUUGCUUUAUAGACCUUCCGCGAAAAGUAGACACUGGCUCACUACUUCGAAUGACAAAGAUUCCAGGAAUUGCUGUGAUAGGUAUGUGUGUGAAAUUGAUCUUCGAUUCCUUUGAAACAGUCAUUUUCGUUUUGCUAUUUAUCCAUGUGAAUUACAGUUGUUUUGAGCUAUCAUCACCUGCCCUCUUUUAACCGAUGAGGUCUUUCAUUUUCGUGCCCCUGCUUGCUGAGAUGCACUUGAAAGGGGCCCCAUAUCUAAGGAAAUAUGUAACCAUCGAGUUGAAACAUUUGCUUGUCACGUGAUUAUUCAAAAGUGCCUUUUGCAAAAACAUCUUGAUGCUAGCCGGCUGCAAGUUUUUUCUUCACUGCAUCAUGUGUGAACUUAUUAAAGACGAUUGCGCUCGUUAUAUUUUCAGGUUUAUCUAUCCUUGUAUCGGGAUUAGUGCUGGGUUUUUUAGAUCCAACAUUUGCGCCUUAUAUGAAGAAGGUAUCAGUAAAAACUGAAAUUUACCUACAUUUAACUUUUUCCUUUUUUAAAAAAAAAAAGAGCUCUUUUGUUAAUUUCCGACUAAAUACCAUUGGGUACUUAGUGUUAGCAUUUUCCUUUCAUCUCUUCGCCUUUUUGCAUGAUAUUGUGAGGAUUAAUUAAUUCUUCAAUUUUAUUUAACUUUUAUUCAGCUCGUCAGUCUCCCCUCGUCAUUGGCGCUUUUCCGGGUAAUCUGGUUUGAUCUGUCGAAAUCUUAAUUUACAUAACUGCUAGAGUAAGGUAAUUUAGUGUUAACAACUGAGUUGAAAAGGUAAAUUGGCCACCGUAAAGGGUAAAAAAGCUAACGUUUCGAGCGCUCGAAACGUUAGCUUUUUUACCCUUUACGGUGGCCAAUUUACCUUUUCAACUCAGUUGUUAACACUAAAUUACCUGCUAUACUCUCCCACCGACGCAGCACCACAGUUUCUUACCACAGAAGCUUACCCCCUUUAUUCAUUUGCUGGAAUAAGGGUUUAACGCAAUUUUGGCAAUUGAAUUGUCCGUUUUACUAGUAGUCUCGAGUCGCUGUAAGGUUUUACGAAAGCUGUUUGAAUAUCUGUUUCUUAGUUUGGACUUGGUCCCAGUAAAGUUGGUUUAAUCUUCCUCCUUUGUGCCGGAUGUUACGCUAUUUCAGCUCCAUUGGUUGGCUGGAUAAGUGAUAAGACGGUAAGAAACAUGUUCUGUUGCACGGUUUAGUCUUAAGUCUUAAUACUUACAACUUUUACCUCUAAUCAGAUGGUUUGGUCUCUAUACUAUAGGGGAGAACACGUGUGGUCAUAAUUAUUGGCGCAGCUUUCGUAAUUAUUGGGAUUUUGAUGCUGGCUCCGGCUCCAUUCCUAACAUUUCUUCCUCAAAGGUUCGUCAUUGUGAUACUUACCUUCUUACGUACUUAGACUGUUCCAAUUGAUCGUCAUAAUUAUGGCGCCCGACACCCUAAGCUUAGUUAGUUCUCAACGCUCCAACAGAGGUCUUUAGUCGGAAAAGUAUGCGUAGGGCAAUCAUUUUUUUUCUUAUGAUUUCCAGGAAGGUAUGGUUGGUGUGUGUAUCCAUGGGUAUGUUAGGUGCUGCCGUCAGUGCGUAUCAAGUACCUUGUAUGCCAGACAUGUUGGAAACAGCCAGGUAAUAAUUUACACCGUUACACUAGAAGUGUUUCUUUUGCAGAGUGCAGAGUAACCACUCCUCAAGUAGAAAGCCUUGGGGAAUUCUCCUGGGACCUAAGUAACUACCGCUACUUUGUAGUUUGUUAUGUUUCACUGCGAAAAAUAUGGUUUAAAAUCGAUUAUGCUCAAAUAUUAGUCAACCCUUUCCAAGAAAAGUGAAGAGGAAAAGCUUUGAUAACUCAAUCUAAGGAAAUCUAAGCAUGAAAACAGACGCUAAUUGAAAUAUCUAUUGAGUUGUCAAUUUCCCUUUUUAACCAGGCAACAAUUCGGGGUUAGUUCUUGGUUCAAGAAUGUGCGACCUUUCAAUUUUACAAAUGAGUUAGCUUUCUUCUUCCUACACUUUUGAAAACCUACUUGUUUCAACUGUCAUUUGAAAUUUAGCAUAAAACAUUGAAAUUCACCCAGAGCGUAGAACAACUCUUACUUCCUUUUUUUAUUCAAUACACUUCUACCUCCAUUCGCUUAGUAAUUCCAGUGAUCCAUUCAUAACAUGACACAUGGAGGGCGAGGUUGGUAGAGUUUCCUUGUGGCCUAAAAUUGUUCUUGUGCCGAUGUAUCUCUUCAGGGAACAUGGAAUGCCCGAUGACAUCACUACCCAUGGAGUGCUCUCCGGUAUUUUCAAUGCGACGGCAAGUAUAGGGUAAGGAAUGAACAACUCGAGUGCGGUGCCUUGAACGCUUGCUUCACACCACUUGUCACUCUCGUUCGAUUUUUGUACCUAGCAUCACAUGUGGUUCGAGUUCGCGACAGGUUGUCAUCCUUGCUGCAAGGGUUUAUAUCUGAAUUCUCGGAUCUCCACCUGUUACAGAAACCAAGUCUCGAUUACCGGCCGCUGUUCGGGAGAUGAGCUGCGCUCCUCGUUCAUUUUGGGUGAGGAUAGAGGCUCGAACCCGAGAGAAACGGUGAUAAUCGAGCCCACAGAAACCAAACACUCCAAAUUCCAAUUCCACGAUUUGCACAUUUUGUCCAUGCUUUUGUCUUCCUUUUAUUCAAUUUUAUUCCUUUUGGUACAUGUUGCAGUGCUUUUUUAGGACCAACCAUCAGUGGAUUGACAGAAAACUAUUUGACAUUCCAGUGGUCAACUGUGGUAAGUACAGGGAAAUCUUUGUCUCCAGGCUAAGACUUGGGCAUCUAUAAUCGUAAUCUUUCGUGUUUGACACACUCUGGGUUGGAAGUGAGAUACGCAUCGGUCGUUUAGAGUGCAGUACGCUUUUUUAGUCGCUUUUCAACGCGUUUGUGUUGCAAUUAUAGCGGUAAGAUAGAAGUGAAAUGUCUUUUAUUGGUGGUGAGCCAACGCUAGAUAUUUCAUUUUAAAAUGUGAGGUAGCCAUCGUGGAGUUGAAGAAGACUUGAUUCCUUUUUUGUACUUUGUUUCUGUUCAGGUGCUAGCAGGGAUUCUUGGAUUUCAGGUAACCUCAAUGGAUCUUUUAGAAGUUUAGUCUUGCUUGCGAAAGUAUGACAAAAGUGAAAAAAAAAAAAAAAAGAAACAAGAACUGAAGUACAAGACCAAUAACUACAAACAUUAUGUUCUAAGGCCUAAUAAAUGGGGGGGUUGAGGACACCGUUUAGGGCAAACAUCAAAGGUCACACCUCUUCUUUCUGCUUACAGCCCCUUUUACCCUCAAGAUUGAACGACGUUUGCGUUGGCUGUGAUCAGAGUACCUUUUGUACAAGGUUGAUUUAUAGAUUAUACUGAGGAAUUAAACUCAGAGUUUGUUUGAGGCUGUUUGCCGGUGCCCUAACUCCUUGCUUAAACUCGCUAUUGUAUGUUUUUGUCCCGCUGACGAUUAGAGGCAUUUCAAUCCAGAACAGGUUCGAACAGGUGCUUUUGCAAGAUCAUAAAUUUACUAUUAGCGUGAACUUCAUACCAUUAGAAAGUUUAUGAGUAUUAGUUGGUUGAAAUAAAUGAGUGAAACUGUGUAGUAGUUCUUCAUAUAUGGCUCUGGUUCCGAGGCGUUGUAAAAAGUUUGAAAGUACAUGAGCCCUUGAUAAUUUUCGUCACUAGACGAACUAUAAAAAAAAUGAUAAGCUUGAAAAAAAUUGUAAUAAUAAUAAGAGAGUAUACUGUUUUGUUUAUGUUUCAGGUUGUUGUCUUGACUCUCUUCACGGUAUUUGAUCAAGGAAGAAAAAGGUUUGUUCGCCUCAGUGACAGAGACUUUAAUCGCAAUUGGUGA